AUGGCAGGAUUGCUGCUGUACGCAGUAACGAGCGUGAGGGCUUUACCUCGAACAAAUAAAGACGCGAGAAAACAAGGCGCGAAUCUCAAGGACGAAGUAUGCAACAACACGCAAUGCAAGAUCGGAUGCAAGCCGACGGUGGGCGGUGGCGCCACCUGCGUGUGCCGGCCGGGAAACCAGCCGGACGAGAUGGACGUGUUUCAGUGCGUAGACACGAAUGAGUGUGAGUAUGACGACAGCUGCGACCAGGGAUGUGUGAACACGGAUGGAUCGUUCACCUGCUCCUGCAUCUCGGGUUACAGGCUGAGCGAGGACGGAGUCAACUGCAUCGCCAUCAAUGAGCCUGAGCAGGAGCAGGCUACACUGCUCUACACGAGCGUCAACCUAGUCGAGCAGGUGCUGCUGAACGGCACAGAGACGAAGUCAAGCUUUAAGAAGCAGGUUCCUCACAACAAGGUCGCCUUCAUGGACUUCAACCACCGCAACCGCACUGUCUGCUGGGUUGAAGAUGCGUUUAAGGGAAUAUUUACGUGUGCUCCUCUAGAGGAUCAAGCAAACACGUGGAACAUGAACACAGCCUUCUCACUAAACGGUGUUGAGCAGAUGGCGCUGGACUGGAUCUCCGGUAACUGGUACUUCGUCGACGAGGACCGCGACAUGAUAUUCGUCUGCAACGGCACGCUCAGCGUCUGCUUCAUCGUCGUGGAGACGCAGCUGCAGGAGCCGCGCGGCAUCGCCCUCGACCCGACGCAGGGGUACAUGUUCUACACCGACUGGGAGCCGAAGACUCCGAAGCUGGAGCGCGCCGAACUCGACGGCAGCAACCGGCGCAACCUGGUGUCGACGAACAUCGUCAGCCCGCACGCGGUUACGCUGGACUACGGCAGCCGUCACGUGUACUGGGUCGACCAGCACCUCAGCCGGCUGGAGCGCGUGCGCUACGAUGGCACGCACAGGAGCACCGUGCUCUCGGGCGAGGCGAAGGGUCUGUUCUCGAUCAGCGUCUUCGAACGCUACAUCUACGGCAGCAACCGACUAGAACAGUCUCUGAUGCGCUUCAACAAGUUCGACGGAUCCCAGAACACAACGCUCGUGCGCUCGCUCGAAGCUUACACGCUACACGUGUUCCACCGGCAACGGCAGCCAGACGCCGAACACCCGUGUUCGCGGAACAACGGUCAGUGCGAUCACCUGUGCUUCACCGUGUAUGAACGCACAGAGAACAACACCCAGGUGACGCCGCUAGCCAAGUGUGGCUGCAAGGCAGGCUACCUCGUACAGGACGACGGAGCGUGCAAACGUCGUCUAUUCCGGCGCGGCCCUGCAGCAUCCGUCGUCUACUCGGGCGCCGCACUGCAGCAUCCGUACGGCCUCGCCGUCUUCGACACGUUCAUCCUGUGGACGGAGUUCCGCGACGGCAAGAUCAUGCGACUUAACCUGCUCAACGGAUCCGUGGACGUGUUCCGGGAGGAAAGCCCCAUGCUGUAUGAGAUACGCAUCUACGACCCCAAGCUGCAGGCCGGUAGCAACGCGUGUGGUGACAAGUACGGUGGAUGUGAGUACUUGUGUCUGGCGACGCCGGAUGGCACGACGUGUUCCUGUCCUGAUAACGCCGUGCUGAACACAGAUGGCAAGACAUGCACAGUGGACACGGCUAAGCCGCGCCCACGGCGUCGUCGCGAUGCGAGGAGAGCGAGUACGAGUGCAAGAAGAGUCACUACUGUCCCCGCGCGCUACGUCUGCGACGGCGACAACGACUGCGGCGACAACUCCGACGAGGACACGACCGCCGGCGGCCGUGCGUCGAUCAUAAGUGCACGCUGGAGCACUUCAAGUGUAAUGACAACCGCUGCAUCCCGCUACACUGGCGCUGCGAUGGAGACGAAGACUGUAAACACGGAGAAGAUGAGGAUCCACAGCUGUGCAGCAAUGUUCUUUCAUCCGGUAAGCUGUGCUGUGGUUGAUACGACGUGCAGCCCGAGUCACUUCCUGUGUACGGAGAGCGGCCGUUGCAUACCGAGCUCGUGGCGAUGCGACCGGGAGCCAGACUGCGGUGCAGACGACGUGUCAGACGAGGAGAACUGCGAGCAGGGCACGUGCGGCCCGAUGCACUUUGCGUGCCGCAACGGUCACUGCAUUCCCAUCUACAACGUCUGCAACAACGUCAACGACUGUGGCGACGCCAGUGACGAGGUCAUGUGCCUACAGGAGUGUGACAACGCGACGGAGUUUCGCUGCGGUGGGGACCCGGACAAGCCGUCUCACUGCGUUCCGCUGGAGCAGGUCUGUGACGGGGAGUACAACUGCAACGACCGGUCCGACGAAGAGCAGGACUGUGAUCGCGUGUACGCGGGCUGCGAGGCGAACCAGAUCCUGUGCGAGACGCAGCAGUGCGUGCCGGACGCGUGGUGGUGCGACGGACACGACGACUGCGGCGACGCGUCAGACGAGGGAGACCAGUGCAGUGAGACGACGCGCACGUGUGUGCCGCAGAUGGAGAUGAGCUGCGACAACCGCACCAAGUGCAUCCCGUUGUCGUGGCGAUGCGACAAGGUCGUCGACUGCGAGGACAAGACGGAUGAGCUCAGCUGCGAUCUGCCGGACGACUUCUGUCCGUGGCCGGGUCACCAGUGUGACGGCGGCAGUAAGUGCGUCGCCGCGACGCAGCUCUGUGAUUACAGGCCGGACUGUGAGGACGGAUCUGAUGAGGGGGAGCUGUGUGUGGAGAACCAGUGUGAGGCGCUGCCGUGCAGCCAUGAGUGUCGUCCCCGCCCUGACGGCUACUCCUGUCUCUGCCCGCCGCCCCUCAAGCUGUCCAGUGACCGCAUGCACUGCACAGCUCCUGACAUCUGCAAUCAUUGGGGCGUCUGCAGCCAGAAGUGCAUAGAGAUCAAGGAUCACCACAAGUGCGACUGUUACCCUGGUUACGAACUUGAUACAGAUGGCUUCAGCUGUAAAUCCACGAACGAUUCGAUACCGUACAUCCUGUUUGCGAACCGACAUGAGAUUCGUCGCAUCUCGUUGCGGCAGCGGCAGCACGCGACCUCCCUCGUCACGGGUCUGCGCAACACCAUCGCGCUCGACUUCUACUACGCCGAGCACACAGUGUUCUGGACGGACCUGCUGGGCGACAUAGCAUCAGUACCAGACGCCACGAUCAGUAGUCACACGG